AGAUUCGUCAACCUUUCAUUCUUAAUAAGGAAAAGAAAAAGUGAGACCAGCUUGGUUUUCCUUCUCAGCUGAUAACAAUGGCGAUGGCUUUCAAAAUGGCUACUACUGGGAUGUGGGUGACGGAUGAGUGCAAGAACUCGUUCAUGGAGAUGAAGUGGAAGAAGGUGCACAGAUACAUAGUGUUCAAGAUAGAUGAAAGGUCUAGGCUUGUCACCGUCGAUAAGGUGGGUGGUCCCGGCGAGAGUUAUGAUGAUCUUGCUGCUUCCUUGCCGAACGAUGAUUGUAGAUAUGCCGUGUUCGACUUCGAUUUUGUCACCGUUGAUAACUGUCGCAAGAGCAAGAUCUUCUUCAUUGCAUGGGCUCCAACAGCAUCAAGGAUAAGAGCAAAGAUGCUAUACGCAACAUCGAAGGAUGGGCUGAGAAGAGCUCUUGAUGGAAUCCACUACGAAGUUCAGGCCACCGAUCCAACUGAGAUGGGAUUCGAUGUAAUUAAAGAUAGAGCCAAAUAGAUGCCCUUUUUUAAAAUUGGAAUGAACUUCUUAAUCAUGUGCUCAGCUAAUUAAUCAAUUAAUCCGUCAAUCUUACUCUCUCUUAUUAGGCAUAAUCAAGUAACUACAAUCCAAUGACUGUAUGACAUGUGCUCUUAUUUCUGGCUUUUAUGCUAGUUUAAUUAUGUUGGUUUUGGCACCAUUGUCAUGUAAGUGGGGCAUCUAAUCUUCAAUCUUUAGUCAUAAUAAUAAGUUAUAUGUAAUAUAUGACUGUCGGGUGUAUUAUAAGU